UAUAGACUCUUCACUGGCCAAGCAGUUAAUAUGAACAAAUCAGCAGUUUUUUUCAGCAGAAAUACUCCUUUGACACUCCAGCAUUCUAUUUGUUCUACUCUCAAUGGAAUAACAGCCCAUAGAUCCACCAGAUACUUGGGACUGCCAUUGGGAAUUGGAAAAUCCAAAAAGGAA